CACAGAACUAGAUAGUUAAAUGAUAAUCAGUUCUAGAACAAAGAACGUACUGAACUAAUUCAGCAAAUAAUAUCUCUGUCAACAUUGUAUGAAUUAAAUGACUAUCUUUUCAAAGACUACAAUGCUGUUUUUGUUUGUUUAUCAGUUAAGUACUGAGGAACCCAGUCGGGAAUAUCGGCAAAAUAAAGUAGCCUUUAUAAAAUCUUCAAACCAUCACCAUUUGAUGUCUGUCAAUUACUUACGUAUAACGUUCAUAUACGGAACACUACACGAUGAAUUCCAAGACUAGAAGCGAGAAAAUUGCUCUUUAUGGCAGUGACCUGCUAGCGCAGUCUUGGGCAAUGACUUUUGCAUCUGUUGGUUAUCAAGUCGUGUUGUAUGACUCCCAGAGGAAAAACGUUACAAUAGCUCUCGAAAAUAUAAGCAAGAAGCUCAAGAAUUUGGAAGUUGAUGGGCUUUUGAGAGGAAAUCUAAAUGCCGAGGAAAAUCUACAGUGUAUUGCUGGUUCAUCAGACAUAAACAGCGCAUUCAAAGAUGCCGUUCUCAUUCAAGAGUGUGAAGUAGACGAACUAGAGCACAAGAAGAAAGUUUUCCAAGAGCUGGAUGGAGUCGCUGAUGUCGGGACCAUCAUGUCCAGCUCCACCGGAACAUUCCGUCCGUCGCUAUUUUCUGAGGGACUCAAACACAAGUCACAGGUGAUAGUCUCUCAUCCAGUCAACCCCCCAUAUUUUGUGCCCCUGGUGGAGGUCGUACCUUCUCCCUGGACCAAACCAGAGACAAUAGCAACGACUAAAGACAUAAUGACCAAGGUCGGCCAGACACCUGUGGUUCUAGCUCGGGAGAUAGAUGGAUUUAUAACCAGUCGUAUCGAGUACUCAAUCUUGAACGAAGUAUGGAGGCUGAUCGAAGCCAAAAUCAUGGACGUGCGGGAUAUAGAAAAGGUGAUGUCUGAAGGGCUGGGGUUACGGUACGCAUUCUAUGGUACGCUGGAGUCCAACCACUUAAACGCAGAGGGCAUGGAAAGUUCGAUUGAAAGAUACGGAGAAGCGAUAUACCGCGUGUCCCAAUCCAUGACUGGCAUCCCGCGCCUGACCCAGAGCCCCAUCACCAGCAAUAUAUGCCAGCAGCUGAAUCAAAUGGUUCCGUUAGACAGCUUGGCGGAAAGACAACAUUGGCUGGACGAAGGUCUGGCUCGCCUUGGUGUACUGAAGAAAGACAUGAAUGAAAUAUACAAUAAAAACUAAUCUGAUGGUUAGAUACAAAUACCUAUAUCGUUGUAACUUGCGUAUUGUUUCUUUUAUUCCCAAUUAUUGUUUUUGUUCAUAGUAGGUAGCGAAUAAGUAUUUCUACCUAUUAUGUAAAGAAAUAGAUAACCUUUUUUA